AAUUUUCAACUUACUGUUCCCUUUCAAAAUCUACUACUACUGAUAGAGUUGUCAAAAGGAAAAAGGUCCAUGAUCAGGAAAGCAAGUGUUCCCUAGACCCUAAUCUGUUUGAUAAGAAAGGUAGAAUAACUUGUCUGUGAAGCAAGAUCUCUCCACCAAGACAUCUGGGGGGGAGAGAGAUUUGCGUAGCUCCUUUAUCCAAUUUGUUUUAUUUGUAUUUUUGAACGAAUAUAGUGGAUGGUGCUUUUCCCAUAUUUGGCUUUUUUCUAUAAGAUUGCUCUACAGAGUUUCCAAUUCCUAACUGUUCUGCUUGUCCUCUUGAACUGAGCCCUCCUCUCUCUCUCAGAAAGAUCGUCAUCGCAUUGAGAUUGGAGGGUUCUGAGGAAAAUGAAGCGAAGAACGUGUUAUUUUCUCAUUGUUGCUCUGCAUAUAAUAAGCUGGAUUCUAGCAUCAACCAGGUCUUUAGCAUCGCAUGAUGUUGCUCCUCAACAAGAUAAAGUUCCAGAGUUCAAGGGGGGUCCCAUUGACUCUAAACAGGGUCUUGAAAGCAAGGGUGGAGUCGUUUAUGGGAGCGAAGAAACAUGUAGUAGAAUGCUGGGAAGACUUGGAUCAAGGCCACCAAACUGUCGGCGCAAGUGUGGACGCUGCACUCCUUGUGUGGCCACUCAAAUUCCUGCAACUUCUGAUAAACUGGGAAUUCAAUAUGCCAAUUAUGAACCUGAAGGAUGGAAAUGCAAAUGUGGCUCCACUUUCUUCAAUCCAUAAAUGUCUGGGGUCAAUCCCAACAGCUUUUCUAGUUCUCCUUCUCUCUCUCAUUAUAUGUGUGUGUGUCUUUGUAUAUGUAUAUCUAUCUGCAUUGCCCCAUGUAGUAUACUCAAUUUCACUUUUAUCUUUCUUUCUUUGUUUCUGCUCUUUCUUUUUCUUCUUCUCUUCUUACUAAAAAAAAGGAAGAAAUUUUGGGUGUUGAUCUUCUAAGGUAGCUACUGAAAUACAUGGAAAAGAUUUCAAAUUCA